AUGACAGAGAAUGGCCUGCCGCCUAUGCGGUCGCUCUUCGGCGCAGACCCACUCGAUGAGUUUGCUACGUUCGUAGCAGACUGGCUCUGGCAGAACAUGCAAGGCCGGGCCAAUAUCGAAAUCGAGGCAAAGCUAGGUCUGCUCAUUGAUCGGCAGACGAACAUGCGACUCCAGCUCCCUGUGUAUAAUGAGACCAUCAUCGACGCCAGGGCCUUGGGUGUGCGCUUUGAAAGCAACAUGAGCAUGAAGCAGCAUGCUAGCUUCAAUAAGCUCUUAAAUGAGCUCGUUGCUUAUAGUACGACGCUGCCUGAGCACGAGCGUAUUACAUACAAGCACCAGAAAGAGACAGACUUUUUCUACGAUGUACAGAUGCAGGACACAGGUGAAACAGUGCACCUUCGAGUAACUCGCGACUCAAAAACACAGUCUGUGAAGCCAAAUGGCGUGGUGACCAAGCAGCGUAUCGCAGAUUUGAAUGUGUUUUGUCCAGCGCGUGCGUACGAUUACCGUAUUAGCAUCAACACAGAAACCCCCAUGCCACCGCCGCCGGACACAUGCGAGCCGACCUAUUCCCGAGAAAAGGAUCGGUUGUCCUAUGCUCACCAAAACUACCAAGUGGAUCUAACGCAAGUCCUUCUCCCCAACAAACCCCAUGAGCCGAACCACGAACUCGAGCUAGAGAUCCGUGACGCAACAUACUUUAUGCAAUUGGCCCAAGAUACCCGGUUGCGCAAUCCAGAAAUGACUCAAGAAUGGUCGCCGUAUGAAGACCAGGUGGUUGUCUUUUUGAACAACAUUCGGCUUCUCAUUCGUAAUGCGGACACGUUCAUGGCGUAG